GUGGGAGUCUUAAUGUCGGUGAUGUGGGGUGUUGAGAGCUGGUAAAGGUGGGAGGGGUUGACACAAAGAUGUACAGGACAGGACACCCUCAUGCUUGCUCCAUAAACCUCACCACAUUUUGGUACCGCAGCUGUGUGGCGCACGCAAUGAAAGCGGAGAGGUGCGCUCCUCCUGGAGUGACUAUGCCGAGCCUGGAACGGGCUUUUGUGCACUGAUCGGCGACUAAGAAGCUCAUUUCUCUCCGACAUAAACGGAAUGUUGACGCUCUCUCUCUCACUAAGGUCGGUUUCAACAGAGCAUUGAAGACAUCGCUCAUUUACCAUGAGCUGUUUGGAUGUUAUGUACCCAGCCUAUGGACAUUACGCAUCGUACGCACCGACUGCUCCCGCUUUUAUCAGUAACUUCCAGGCUGCCACAGGUCUAAAUUGCACUUCAUCUCAUUGCCGGGAUUUUAUGGACACUCCCAACGGCCCCGAGGGGAUGUCUGGGGGCCCAGGCACUGGAGGAUCAACUUCCUCCUCUGCUUCAUCCAGCUCUUCUUCCUCCUAUACUCCUGCGGCUUCAAGGCCAGAAGAAGGCCCCAAAGAGAAGCAGGAAGCUCCCGAGGCAGAAUACCUGACUUCUCGCUGUGUCCUCUUCACCUACUACCAGGGAGACAUCAGCAGCGUUGUGGAUGAGCACUUCUCCAGAGCCCUCAGCUCCUAUAUGGAUGGUGAGGGCAAACGUCGAGCACCAGAGCAUCAGGGAACAGAUACCCCGUCGCCUAGCAGUAGACGAAGCUUCCCCCCAUCCUUCUGGGACAGUAACUACUCCUCGCCUCAGAGUCGCUCCCACUGUGAGACCGGUGCACCUUCCUAUUCCAUGGACCCGUACGCAUCAGGGCUACACCCCAGCCUGCAGCACCCACACGCUCAUCCUCAUCCACACGCUCAUCCACACUCCCACCCUCACCCACCAGAAAGCUGGGGAUAUCCUCAGGCCCAAGCCUACGGCCCCCCACGGCCUCUCCAUGAACUUUAUUCACCUUCGGCUUUGGAGCCCCACUAUGGGCCCCUACUCAUGCCUACCGUGAGGCCACCACAUCUUCCCACCUUGCCAAGCCACUAUGAAGUGAGCAAGCUGGAGCCCGCUACCUCAUGGCCCAGUUUGCUCCCCCCAGGAGAUGUCAGCCAGACCCUGGCCCUCAACAUGGAUGCAGGUCUCCAGCAGCACAAGAAAGGCAAGGAGCUCUACUGGUUCUAACGAGCCCUUCAGUCACAGUGACCAGCCAUUACCAGAUCCAAUUAGUCCCUGGACCUACUUUGCUAUUGUCGCAGCAGGUCCCUUUAUCCCCCGCCCCCCUCCACCAUACACACUUUGCAUCCCCAUCUACCCACCCCCUUCACUCUGUUUCUAGCCUCCCCUGCCAGUAUACAGCCUUGCUCCAGGUCGACAUGUGUGCACCAUGGAGAUAAAGCAAAGCGAAAGAGGGAGCGAGAGAGGGAGAGUGUCCGAACUGUCUGUAAUCUGUGCUGUUGCUCUCUUUUUCUCAGCUCUUUUGGUCUCCCUCUGCUGUCACUGCACAGACCUUGGCAAGGUGGGAGCCACAGUGACCUGUUUGGACUGAGAAAGACAGGAUCACAACAGACUUUUUUUUUUUUUU